AUGGAUAUCUUCUUGUCCAAGGUGACUCAACAGGCAAUGAAUUAUGCCAUCCGCUCUGGAGUCACCUUGACAGCUUCGUACGCGAUCAGACAGUCUACAAAACUCCUCAACAGCGCCCCCAAGAGCAAUGUGCGGGAUGAACUCUUCGCUCUCCAGCAACGUCUCCAGCACAAGAUUCGCAUCGUUUCCCCCGCAAUUGAUAUGAUAGAAUUGAUUGCAGCUCGGGGCAACACUUCACUGGAGUCGGCGGUGGCGUUGACGAAAGAGCUGCGCCUGGAGAUCCAGUCUCUCGGUCAACGAUUGGCCAGGGCUGCUGAUGCCUCUGAGAAAGCAAAUCGGAAGAACAGAGCCGGCAGGCAGGCCGACCCCCAGAGCGAACUUGAGUUGAAACUCAUUGUAAGCGACAUCAAAAAGCUGAUCGAACGGAUCGAAGAUGCGGUUCCUCUCAUUAAUCUCGCCAUUACUACCUCCGGCGCAAGCCUGUCUACGUCGCUACCCCAUACAGUGUCCCCCUCCCGACUGUUGCAAGCUAGUACAUUUCUCACCGCUGGGGACACUGAGUAUCAAAUGUCCCCGCAACAUGCUGUCCAAAUCGGUCCCACAUUCACCCUCACAGUCUACAUGCUCUUUGCGGGUCAUGACCGCCCACAAGACGAGGAGGACAUCCGAGAAACGACCUGGAAAGAGGUCAUUCACAAGGCCAGGGUCAAGUUGCGGCGAGUUCCGCUUGAUGUGGUGACAGGGACGGGAUCGGGGUCGGAUGCAAUACCGUCUGUGGAGAUCUCAUCUUCUACUCCCAUUUCAAGUGCCGAUACUGGUAAUAUCAUACCUGCCGAUGCCCGUGCAGAUGAAUUUGCAUACCAAAUGAUGAUCAUAGAGGAUUUUGACGACGAUCGCGUCCACGAUUUUGAAGCAGAUCAGCCUUCCCCAGGCCCAUUUGACGAUGUGAGACUUGCGGGCAUCCGUGAGAUGAUUCCCAUCCACGAAAUCUCCAAGAUAUUUUACGCCGACACGAGCAAGGUUCUCAACAUCGGUUCAGACGCAGAAAGCAACCAUCCGGUGUUACUCCUGAAGCGGGACCCGAAUGCCGUGCCUCCAAGAAGAAUGAUGGAAAGGGACGAUCUCGUCGACCAAGAACAUGAAGAGGCCACAGAAGCCACGACACAGCAACAGCAGCAUCUCGCCGAUGACUUUCACCAGAGGGAGCGAGAUCCCUGGCGCUUCCCACCUUCUCUGGAUCCCGAGUGGAUUGCCAUCGAAGUCUACACCGAAUCCGAGUCGGACGACUCUGAAUCCGAGAUCGAAGACCCCGAUUCUUCUCGCUCGGACUUUGAUGUUGAAGCCUCCCAACUCGCCAACUCAGUGUCCAGCAUGCAUAUCGCCUCGCCUGGGUUUCGGACCGAACUUCGCACCAAGCAGUCCCCGCCUUGGGUGAACGCGAUCAAGACAUCCCUGUCACUGUUAGAGCUCCUUCUCCGCCUGACCUCCCUGCAACAAUUCCAGCAACAGUCCCACCUCUCUAUUCCCGAUGAACUGCUCAAUUUUUUCCUCGAGGAGAGCGCCUCCACCGGCGCAGGCGGCGAUGAGAACUACAGGCAGGCCCUCCGCGCAGAGGCGCGGCGCCGAGUUGGGUGGGACCCAUACGACGAGAGUCCUAUGAAGAAACGCGGCGAGGAUUACCAGUACUACAGCCCCAGCCCGCAGCCGAGUCCGGGCAACUCUGCACCGCAUGACGUGACCAGUCCCUGGAGCCCGCGUGAUGCGCAGAUGAGGUCGAGUACUGCCGUUGCGGAUUUCCAGUCAUCGCCGUCGCCGAGAGCGUCGCCCCUUCCGGGGGAUCGGGGUCGCGGGAGUCGCGCUUCUUGGUUGAAGAGGAAAGAUGAGAGAAAGGGAAGCCCUCUCAGGCCGCGGACAGCUGUCUCUGACGAGGGAAUUGGGACGAGCCCGGCCAGCGGAGUAGACAAAGUGUGA